GCAAAAACACCAUUAAUGGCAUUCAUCGAAACAAACAACAAAAGAGACGAUAUAACUCAACUCUCAAGUCUAACAUCGCCUCCUUUUCUCCUUCUUCCCCUAAAUCCAGGCUGCAUCUUUCACUGUUUAUAUUUCUUCUUCGUUGAUUCAUCAAUCAAUCAUCGUCGUCCUUCCUCAUGUGAAUCUUUGAACCCACAAUACCUUUGUCCAACCCCACCGUCUUCAAAUUUCUUCUUUUGGGGAAUUGUGAAGAAAUCUAAACGGUCUGCAGGGAAGUGGGAAUGAGCUUAAUCACAAUAGUUUCCAAGCCUAACCUAUUCUCCAAACCAAGUGGCUGCUACGUUUUAUAUGCUUGUACCUACCCUAUAUCAAUAUGACUGGAGUUGCUGCAGUAUGCUGUACUGCUUAGAGAUCAUUGAGCCCUUGUUCUGGAAAUAAAGAAAGGAACUUGAUCUAGUGCACCGGAAGAACAAAGAUCCAAAGGAGUAUAUAUAUCAUCUGCAAAAAGAGAGGAGCAGGGCACUUUUAGUUUAUAGUUAUUAGAAAUUUGGGAAGGUUUGGACUCUACAUGGCUCCUGGUGGCAGUGCAUUGAAAGAAGCCCUAGAAUCUAACUCAACAGGCUUGGAUUAUGAGGUUAAGAUGGCAAAGGUUGAGGCUAAUAACAAACCAGCAAAGUCAGGUAGUGGCUCCAUUGGAAAAUUCCACUCUAGCAAUGGUGUAUAUGAGCUCCUUGAAUGUCUGGUUUGUACAAAUCUUAUGUAUCCUCCAAUUUAUCAGUGCCCUAAUGGCCACACAUUGUGUUCAAGCUGCAAACUGAGAGUGCAGAACACAUGCCCUACAUGCCGCUACGAGCUUGGUAACAUAAGAUGCUUGGCUCUUGAGAAGGUCGCGGAAUCAUUGGAAGUUCCAUGCCGGUACCAAAAUUUAGGGUGCCAUGACAUUUUCCCUUACUACAGCAAGCUCAAGCACGAGCAGCAUUGCAGGUUUCGAUCCUACAACUGUCCUUACGCUGGUUCUGAGUGUUCAGUGACGGGUGAUAUUCAAACACUUGUUGACCACCUCAAAGAUGAUCAUAAAGUUGAUAUGCAUGAUGGGUGCACAUUCAACCAUCGUUAUGUGAAGGCAAAUCCGCACGAGGUCGAGAAUGCUACAUGGAUGCUUACGGUCUUCAACUGUUUCGGAAGACAGUUCUGCUUGCACUUUGAGGCGUUUCAGCUCGGGAUGGCACCAGUGUACAUGGCGUUUCUACGGUUCAUGGGAGACGAGAACGAGGCUAAGAAAUUCAGUUACAGCUUGGAAGUUGGAGCUCACAGCCGUAAACUGACAUGGCAAGGGAUACCAAGAAGCAUCCGAGACAGUCACAGGAAAGUCCGUGAUAGUCAAGACGGACUCAUCAUUCCUAGAAACUUGGCUCUGUACUUCUCUGGCAGUGACAAAGAAGAACUCAAGUUGCGAGUCACUGGACGGAUUUGGAAAGAAGAAUAAGCUAAUGAUGAUGAUAACAAUAGUUUUAUGAUGCCAAAGGAAAAUGGGAAAUAAAGAAGAGAAGAAAGAAAUAAGCUCUGAUGAUUUUGAUUGAAUCUAAACGGAUGAGUUGUACAUAACAGCCUUGAGAGAGCUUCUUGGUCAUGUGGUGGGUGGGAGGAGUUGAAAUUCCAAUUUUUGUCUUUUCUUCAACUUUCUUUUUCAAUAACUAUGAGAUGAAAAUUAUCCCAUGAUUGGUUGAAAAAAAUAUUUUACGGUUUGCAAUAUUACAACCUUUGUCUUGUAAUUUUGGUUUUGUUGGAAAUAAAAUAAAGACAGAUCUUUUUGUUCU